UAGCUUACGCGGACGUGAAGUACGUGUUACGGCUUUCUCGAUUAGUUCACAUUUACAGUGUCCACAAACAGGUGCACAGCAACCAACCUCACACACUCCCAGCCACAGCUACAGCCAGUGACAGGGUAUAGCAACAAUUGUGCGUAUUUUGCGAGUUACUUCUUAAUGACAGAAAGUGAAAGGGUGAGAGUGAAAACAUAGAAUAAAGAGAGCCGGGAGGGCACAAAAUAACAUAGAAAAUCAAAUGAAAACAAAAUACCAACAAAAAAAAGGAAAAUAAAAGUUAUGCCAACAAGCCAGGAGUGAGUGAGACAUUCACAGUCAAUCUGCAACAACAGGGCACAGUUCGAGUUGUGCUGUCAUGAGUGGAGGAUAACGAAUACGGACCUAACGACCGACCACCACUUUAUACAGCAGCACUUGGAAGAGCAAAGGAACUUUUUUUGUUUGAUUUUUCAAAAUAUUCACAAGUUUUACCUUUGAGUCUGAUUGUGUGUGUGUGGGAGUGUGAGUGAGUGAAUGUUUUUACAAUUGUAUAGGUAUCCCACGGUAGGAACGUUCCACACUUUGUGCCAGUAAGUGUUUAAGUGUUUGUGCCGUUUCUUUACUUUUGCUUCUAGCAACUGUGAGCGGUACGGUAUUCCACGGUGAUUGUGUUAAGCUAAGUGAUGGUGAAUUGUGAGAUUAAAAUUUUCGGCAUUACAAAGAAACACAGAUAGACAUUCGGUCAUAAGUCCCAAUCCCUCUUCCCCCUCCCCAGCCAUUGCCCAGAAGUGGUUCAUAAUGCAUUCAAGCUUGGAUACCCUAGUCUAUGCUCGUUCUGGCAUUACAGGCUAACCGCUGUCACUACACACUCUCUGGUCUCGGGCAAACCAAUCAAUCAAGACCGACAAAAUAAAAUGAUAGAGCAUAAAAAUAUAGAAAAAAUUUGAAUAACGACAACAACAAAAUCAAAAAAACAAAACAAAAAACAAAAAAGGAAGGUAGCCAGCCGAAGGGAAAAUUGUCGAUAAAGAAAAGUCAUCAUUAUCAUCAUCAUCAUCAUCAACAUCUUAAACAUUAUCGUCAAAUUGUGCAAGUGUGUGGCAAGAGCUUUCCUUCUUUUUAAGUGUGUAUAACAUAAAUAUUCCGAUUGGGGUAAAUUCAAAGAAGGAAAGAUUAUAAUACCUUGGAUAAUAGCAACAACAACAACGCUGAGUGAAAUAUGUAUUGGAAGGAAAUUUUUGAAAAUAUUGCAUUUCGAAAUCAAUUCUUAAGAAAAUAGAAGACAACAAAUGCACAUGCACACACACACACACACACAAAAACUGGUGAUUACAUUGCAAGAAAAAAAAUUAAUUAUACGAAAAUAAACUACAUUGGAAAGGCAUAAAAAAAGUAAAACGAGCAAAAGAAAACGCAACAAAAUUACAAAUAAAUCUCAAAGCAACCCACCAAGCAGCCCACUUACAUGAGAAGCCACCUUCCCUGUGGCGCCUUUAAAACGCACCUGUGCAAAUAAACAAGGCUUCCAAAGGCUCACCAAAUAACAAAUAGGGGGGAAAUUAUUAAAUAAUUUCUAGUGUUAAAGUUGUGAGUGAAUUGCCAUUGUUGCUGUUGUGCCACAAAAAUAUUUACUUUGUGUUAAUGAAAGCAAAAUAACAACACAAAAAGCGAAAGAAGAAGUUUUGGUGAGAAAAUCCAAGUCCUUAACCACAGCAAGUUUAGUGAAAUGUUUUACAACAAAACUAUGGUAUGGUAGAAAUUGACGCCACCAACUUUUUGCCCAGUCCCAGGAAACAACUGUGAAUUUUUCACAAAAAUCCCACCAGAGAGAGCUUCAGCUGACCUUCAUAACAGCUUAAAUGUCCUGCGGUCAUAAAUCAAUGCGGAACCUAUUAGAAUGUCAAUAGCAAUAUUUCUCCUGUGAACAUACAAAAAGGUGGAGAAACGCCCCACAAGUCACCAGAAGGAAAUAAUCCAAAUUGUAACAAGGAGACCACAGAAGCUGGGCAAAAGUUGUUCAUGCUCAAGUGAAUAGCUUGGCAUUUUGCUGAGACGAAUCAACUUUCCCAUAGGAAAUGGAAUAAAUCUCUGGCAGAACUAUUUACCCUUGACAAAUUUCGGCACAACCAGUCAACAUCGCAAGUGCAGAAAACGCCAAAGCGUGCCAUCGAUGACAAUCCAAAUGUAAAAUGUUCUAUUUGAAUACAUGCGACAGCAAAAGAUGUUAAAGCAAACGAGACAAUAUUUCCAAGGAAACCAAAUAUAAGAAAUGCAAAGUUGUGAAUACAUCCCCUUAAAGAUUUUACUCAUUUGAUAUUAUUCAUCAUUUUUACUAUACCUAUACAAAUUGCAAAAGGGCCGUUUUUAAACUAAGAGGAGGUCAUCAUUAAAUUGUUUACAAGACAACCCCAGCAAAGAAAAGGCCUUCAAAAUGUUGCCAACAAACGUUAUGACGUUUAUGAAGAAGAUGGUCGCCACCGACGAAAAUACUUCCACACAGAAUACACCAGACAGUGGUGGCACGUUCGGAAAGUUAAAGCAGACACUUUCAUCGUCCUUGCUAACGGCCCAAGAUAGAGUGAAUAAAAUGUCUCCGCGCCCAUCCCUUAUACCCACUGAUGCAGAUGGCUCCUAUGGCAGUUACCAACAGCAACAGGAUGCAAUGGCAAAUCAAAACAAUAACAACAACAAUAUGACAACGUCAAGCACCACCAGCAGCGGAGGAGGUGGUGGAGGCAGCGGUGGCAGCAGUUCAAUGGCAAAUUCCUCCAAGCAAAGCACGGAACCUGGUCGUAGAGCAGGGGCAUGUCGUGUUUGUUUGAAAUCCUUUAAGCCGGAUGACUUCCACAAGACAUGCUUCGAAUGCCAACAAAGAGUGUGUGAGGACUGUGCCAGCUACAGCAAGUUGGAGGAGAACGAGGACGCGAAUAUGUGGCGUUGCAGUGUGUGUCGACGGAAAAUGGCGUCAAGGGUGUGUAUGCCACAAGCCUCGACGGAUUCAAGUCUAGAUGUGCCGGUGUUGGAAGCAUUACAACGACGUCAUUCGGACGCAAAACUGGGAUCAAGUACACAAACAUUGGCGCCCGCCAACGGAGCUGCACUGGCACCACCACGUAGUCCCGAAUUGCGAAGGCAUUCAGAUGUAUCACCUGCGUCAUUGAAGGAACUCGAAAGGCAGCUGAAAGGCAAUAAAACGCCAGGAGGAGAUGGUGAUUGGCGUAAAGGAGGUCAUAGCAUGGCACCAAGUCGUUCGAAUAGUCCCCCACGGCAAGAUGAGAUAGGAUUUGGGCCUCCUUUAUCCCGCAUGGCUUCCAGACGUGGCUCUAGGGUAGCACGGCAGCAUAGUUAUGAUGAUGAGGCCACAGCGGCCAGUGCGGCAGGAGUAGGUGUAGCUGGACUGGGAGCUGAUGCGGGUCUUGGCAUUCCAGCAAUGCCCAGAAGAAAAUCUGCGUACGAUGUGUUUGCUCCUGGUGUUUUACAAGCUGCCGCGCAGUCGGCCCAACGUGUCCCUGGUGAUAAUUCAAUAGCCCCACAGAUAGCUUUACCCGGUUCUCGCCGACCUUCAUUUAGAGUGCCACACCCUUCCGAAGAUUUGAAUAACGAUGAAUCGCCCAGUCCCGAUAAGGGUAGCCCAGUGUUAACAGUCGAGGAUGACAGACGUAUGCGGCGAAGGGGAUCACAAUUACCCGAUCUUGCAGCUUUGCAAUCUCGAGGUGCUUUACCUGGUGUAACCGUACCUCAAACUGCUAUUCCACCACCCAUAGCUUCCUUCACAGGCCCAAAUCUCGAAGACUUGGAAGCCCCUCGAAGGCAGACAUCAAUGGAUGGCGAAGCCAUUAAAAUUGUUAUACAUGACGUUGACUCUGGACCAAUCUGUUCAUCGAAACGACGCAUCAUUUUGAGGAGAGAUCCUUCGGAUAUAGCGCAUCGCACGCGAGGCUUUGGCAUGCGAGUUGUGGGUGGCAAGACUGGAGCUGAUGGCCGACUAUUUGCGUACAUUGUGUGGACAGUGCCUGGAGGACCAGCCGAGAAGAAUGGUCUACAACAAGGCGAUAAGAUUCUUGAAUGGAAUGGUAUGUCACUGAUAGAUCGCAGCUUUGAAGAGGUCUGCAGUAUAAUGGACCGCACGGGUGAUAUUGUCGAAUUGUUGGUGGAACACGCCACCGACUUUAGGAUGUGUGAUCUAUUCGAUGAGAAUCUGCCGCCAGGCAGUAGUGGUGGCAGUGAACGAGGCCCAAGGCGUUCGGGUGAUGGGCCCGUAGGCCUCGGCCUUAUAGCCGACCCCGAAACAACCACAGACAAAUCACCGGCUUCACCGACACGACGGAAAUUACCAAAAACUCCGGAACAAAUUGCUCGAGAGAAAUUGGUCAGCGGCCGUGUGCAAAUACAAGUGUGGUAUCACAGUGAGCGUAGCGAGUUAGCCGUCUCCCUUAUGGCCGCAGAUGAUUUAGCCUUGCGUGACGAAGCCUAUGGUCAUGGAAAUUUACCAGAAGCAUAUGCCAAAGUUCGAAUACUCCCUAAAUGCGGUGAUGGCUCUGUUCAGCAGACCGAAGUUAGUCCACCUACACAGAACCCGAUAUGGAAUGCUACACUCUCAUUUGCUCACGUGAAGGCUGACAACCUCAUGGAUCGUUAUAUUGAUAUACAACUGUGGGAUUUGGUACCCCACACAGAGUCCAUAUUUCUGGGCGAGUGUAAUGUUGAAUUGCAACAAGUCUUUUUGGACGAUCGGGCCAUAUGGUGUCGUCUCGAGGAUCCCAAGGGGUUGCGCGGCAUUAGCAUGUCAAAAUCCCCCAGUGUAUCACCGCGGGGCUCAAUAGCCGCGGGCGGUCCCGGAGGCGAUGUUUCACGUCUGCUGCGAAGAGAUUAUAAUAUGCAACGUUCCAUUUCGGAUGAUGUGGAUUCGAUUGGUGAAUGUACAUCACUCCUGCAUCCAGAUCAUGCUUGGAUAGCCGGUUCACGACGUGGUUCAUCCCAAUCGGAAACUUUGGAAGUGGAAGUCUAUCAGUUGGGCAAAGAUUUUUCCCGAUCAUUGCCUGGAUCUCGACGCUCAUCAUUUCAGGAUGCUGACAAAAAUCGAGAAGAUGAUAUGGCUCCACCUCCUGCCACCUAUUUGGUGGGUCGACGAAGAUCUUCGGUGGCACGCAGAGAUCCCGAGGAGAUAUUGAAGUCUCUUAAGGCAGUGGGCCGCGCCAUGAGUCUGGGCACAGAGCAGACGGUGAAACGAAUGGGUUCAAGACGUACCAGUCGAGUGGGUCUACCAAGCAAUCCGAGCAGUCGCAAAAACUCUAUUUUCGAUUUGGGUUCACAACAAUUGCCCGCUGGCUUGGGCACCACAGCCACUAGUCCCCCCUCCGACGAUGAGAGUAAACAACAAUUCAUCCCCCGCUGGAAGGGGAGCGGCGGAAACAUGCUGCCCGCCACACCCAAGCAGGCGCUGUCGAUGCUCAAACAGGCGUCAUCAGCGACAAAUGUUUCGGAAAGACAAUUUUACCUGGGAUCACAACUCACUGACAGCCCUCAGAAUAUGCGCAAAGGCAGUGUCUUCAAUCUUAAAGUGGAUGAUGCGCCCAAAAGAAAAGGUAGCGUUUUCAGUAGUCUUAGCACCAGUGACAAUAUGGCAGCAAGACAGCGUAAGGGCAGCAUGUAUGUUUCGUCCGGCAGUGGUUUGGGUACUGCUGCCAACAGCUCUAGUCUCUUAGUCCCUGAAACGUUACGCAAAAACAGUAUGGUGGCUCCGUCCACUCCCGAAAGCCCGUCCAUGUCACGCAAAUCGAGCGUUGUACCCUCGAAUUCCAGCGCAAAAUCUUUCAAAAAUUUUUCGGAUUCUUCGAGUAAUUUGUCAACAACGGUUUCCUCCUCCCUAAGUGGCAUAUCCACCAGCUACGGCCUGCAGCUGGGACCAGGACAAAUACAUCCUAAAGGUUAUCGUUUGACCACAGAACGUCAUGGCGAACUUAAAAUGGGCUUUAGCAAAGUUAAAGGCACCGUCGAAGUUGAGGUAAUUUGUGCACGCAAAAUUGUCCCUGUCGAUUGUGAGACACCACCUGAUACUUAUGUGAAAUGUUAUAUAAAGGAUGGCGAUCGUUUGCGGCACAAAAAGAAGACCCGUGUAGUUCGACAUUCGGCGGAACCCAUCUAUAAACAAACAAUAAAAUAUCAGAGUUCUGAUGUCUUUGGUCGCAACAUUGUGAUAAUGGUGUGGCAACGUUGCGUUGGUUUCGAACACAAUCAGGGUCUUGGCGGCACAGAGGUCAAUCUAGAUAAAAUCAAUAUGGGCCAGCAUAUCGGUGGAUGGUAUCCCCUGUUUCCAAUGCAUUCGUUUGGUGGUUCGGAUUCAGACAAUUCUCCUUGACCGAUUACGCCCAAACAACAUAAUUCUUUCGAUAGCAGCACUGGAAUCGGCUGUAUCAUCAACACUCAACUGGCCGCCGCAACAGUGAAAACAGCAACAACUCCACUAAUGGUAACAGCAACUCCGACACCAGCAACAGCAGCAACAAUUAUUACCACAACUCCAAUAGAAUAUAAGACACCUGAGAAGACGGACAUUGUCCGAGAUUUGGUGGUAUUUUUUAAGAAAAUUUUUAAAUGCAAAAAUGUCAGUGUGAACAAUAAUAAGAGCUAUUUUGCUCGCGGUACAGCGCAGGGUGAAUAUAUUUAAGAGAAGAAGAGAAAACGAAGUGCUUACCCCACUAUUAAGAUAUACAUAUAUAUAUACAAAAAACUUGCUUAACAUA